ACAUUGGUCGCAGCGACCAGUCGUAUUUCCGUAAUAUCGUGGAAAGUUGAUAUAAUCGCAGUAUUGUGGACAUAAUUACUAGUUAUUUCCAGUGAAAAUUUACUUGUGGUCAACGAGUAUAAAAUAAUGGAACCUUUCACAAUAUUGUGCAGUGCCGCUGCUGCAAUUCUUGUUUUUUAUUAUUACUUUACUUUGAACUAUAACUUCUGGAAAUCACGGGGUAUUCAAGGUCCAACACCAAUACCGCCGUUUGGCAGUAUUAAAGACGUUCUACUUAUGAAAACGAGUAUGACUGAAUAUUUGACGGAAAUUUAUCACUAUUAUAAGAAUGAGACUAUGAUCGGUAUAUUUGCUAGAAGAACACCUAUUCUUAUCGUGAAAGAUCCAGACUUAAUCAAAGACAUUCUUAUCAAAGAUUUCUCCAACUUCGCAGAUAGAGGACUUACUACACACAAAAAGGCCGAGCCGCUGUCGCAACAUCUUUUUCUCUUAGAACCGAAAAGAUGGCGCCCUUUAAGAAUAAGGCUGUCACCUGUUUUUACAUCUGGCAAACUAAAAGAUAUGUUCCCCUUAAUAUUAGAAUGUUCUAGUCAUCUGGAACGAUAUGUAGAGACAUUAGCGAACAAAAAUGAGUCCGUUGAAUGCCGUGAACUGACGGCCAAGUAUACGACUGAUGUUAUCGGCAGCUGUGCUUUUGGUAUCGAUACGAAUUCUCUGUCAGAAGAAGACAGCGAAUUUCGUAAAAUGGGAAGAGAAAUAUUUGCUCCAAGCUGGCAUAAUAUGAUACGAAUGAGAAUGAGACAAUCCUUACCAUGGCUCUACGAUAAGCUUGGUUACAUUCUACCGCAAACACGAACCACCAAAUUUUUUACACGCAUCAUCGUAGAGAAUAUCGACUACAGAGAAAAAAAUAAUAUCGUCAGACACGAUGUCGUUGAUAUGUUGCGCGAAAUAAAAAAGCACCCGGAAAAACUCAACAUCGAGCUGACCGAUACUUUGUUGACAUCUCAAGCAUUCGUAUUUUUUAUUGCUGGCUUUGAAACUUCAUCGACGACCAUGAGUAAUGCACUUUAUGAGUUAGCGCUGAAUCAGGAGAUACAAGACAAGCUACGCGAGGAAAUUCACCAAAAAUAUAUGAAUAUUAAUGGUGAUUUAACAUAUGAUAAUAUUAAAAAGAUGAGUUACUUGGAUAAAGUUUUCAAAGAAACUCUACGAAAGUAUCCGCCAUUGACAUUUAUCAUGAGGAAAGCAACAUCGAGUUAUACCUUCGCCCGUAGUAAAAUUACUAUACCAGAAGGCCAAAGAAUAUGGAUUCCGGCUUAUGCAAUUCAGCGAGAUCCAAAUAUCUAUCCAGAACCAGACGUUUUUGAUCCAGAAAGGUUUAGUGAGGAAAUUAUGCAAACUAGACACGCAAUGACGUAUCUGCCUUUUGGUGAUGGUCCCAGAAAUUGCAUUGGUGCGCGCUUUGCAGUUUAUCAGACCAAAGUAGGACUUAUCAAAAUAUUACGAUAUUAUAAAGUCGAGGCUUGCGAGAAAACGCAAAUACCUUAUGUAAUUGAUCCCAAUACAUUUCUAUUAGCACCAAAGGAUGGAAUACACUUAAAAAUAACCAAAAUUGAUUGAGCUCAAUUUAAGCUCAUUUGAAAUUUUCUUUAGAGGUUUCCUUUUCAGGAUUUUAUUUGGGUGUUAUUUUGAGGGUUUUCGUUAAGCGUUAACCUUCAUUUGGGUGUAACCUUCAAUUGACGAUUCGAAAUCACACCCAAAAUUGAGCGUUUAUUCAGUGUAGUGUGUAUAACGCUCAAAGUUGAGCGUUUUUUAUCGGUGUUUAACACCCAAAGUUAAGCAUUUUUUUAGUAUUAACACCCAAAAUUGAGGAUUUUUUCACAAGGGUACACUCCCUAAUUGGUUAUAAACCACUUUUAAAGUCAUUUUUAGUAAUAAAAGAGGUUUUAGAAUAUAGGCCUUAGAAUAACUAUAUUCGUGUACACUGUUUGUCAAAUAUAUAUAUAUUUCUAUAAUUAUAUCAUGUAGAAUCAUUAAGAUUACAUCGUUAGCCAUUUUGGCAAGAACAGUUGAACAGCCUUACAAACAGUCAAAUAACUAAGUCGUAUGUUAUAAUCAAGUAAAAUAAUAUAUCUAUAUGAUAUUUUCAUUGUAAUUACUGCUAAAUAUAUUUUUACUCUUUAUUAUUACUAUUAAAAGUGAGUACAAUUAUUGAUAUACUUGAGUUCCGCCAAUAUCUUUUGCAUAACAUCUUAUAUUUUUUCUACUAAACGCGGCCAAUGGGGCAUAAGUGAUGUUCAAAAGUUUACGCAAAAAAAA